AUGUCAUCGUCACCUCUGCAAUCUUCCAAUUUCGGCUCCUCAUUUUCUCCCUCCGCUUCAUCCGCAUCCUAUAUGUUAGCCACAGGACUCAAUUCACUCUCGGAUCAAGAUGAAGUCGAGUCCUUGCCCUCAGUUUCCGCGUCCGAUUCCUCCCUCGAGGGAGACUUCAGCGAUGGGGACGAGGAGUCAGAUGCAGAGAGGGAGUGGAAAGAAAGUAUACAACAGCUGGAGUUGCUUUUAACUAUGGUGAUCAUACCAUUUGUUGGCAAAUAUCUAGGAAGAAAGUGUGCGUACUGGGGAUGGGCAAGAAUGAUGGAAUGGAAAUACCCUGUGGAAAUUGUUGUGCAGAAUAAGGCUGUUGCUCGGAGUGCUGGAGUUACUAAAGCUGCGGCUCCAUUGUGA